AAAUAAAAAAAACAACGAUGCGGAAAUACGAUUAACGCAACCUAAGAAAGUGUUCGACCUUUAACGGUGUGGCAAACCGUAUAUAAACGCGUGAAUUGAAGUGCGUUUUUGUUUUUAUUUAAUUUCUAUUUUUUCUCACUUCGUAUCAUAAAUAUUCAUUCAAUUCAAUGCAUCCAUAGUCGUCAUCUAUUGCGAUUGUACCUUCCCAAUGUGAAUAGUGAUUUCUUCUCAACAACCCUUUUUAUUAUUCUUCUUUGCGAAGCUCUUAAUUCAGUGGACGUUGAAUCGAAGGUGGACUCUUUCUGGUUUGGAGUCAUUUCAACUUUUGAAGAAGGUUUUUGGUUCCUUGUCAUGAUUAAUUUUUAGAGAUGGUUUUAUAUGAGCAUUCAGAUGUAUUUCAGUGGGGUCUUAAUCUUCUUGAGGGUGACCCUGCUUAUAAUCCUGGAUAUUAUGGUAACAUAAUUCAGCAUGAUACUGGUGACAUCUAUAAUGGAGACUACUUCCAUAACCAUUAUGAUAAUGAAUGUAACCAAAUAGAGAAUGAUGAGAUCAUUGCCCGUACACUUCAAGAGGAGUUUUCACAGCUGGACAUUGCUGAACCUACAGGAUACUUACAGGCAGGUGAAGAACAGUUCCAUGUUUCUGAGACCGAGCAUACAUAUGAUAAUGGUUGGCAAAACUCUUCAAUGAUGCACUAUUGUUCAGGAGGUCACGAUUAUGUCCAAGAAGGAACUGGUGAUGAAGAACCCUCUAGUUCAUGUUCUAGUCCUGGUGAAACGGAGGAAUAUUCAUUAGAGAUUACUGACAAUUAUCCACUUGAUGAUGAAGUUGGGAGGAAAUUGAGUCAAAUGAUACCAAUUCCUCAUGUUCCAAAAAUUAAUGGUGAAAUUCCUUCAAUUGAUGAAGCAACUUCAGAUCAUCAAAGGCUGCUGGAUAGAUUGCAGUUAUAUGACUUUGUGGAGCACAGAGUACAAGGUGAUGGUAAUUGUCAGUUCCGGGCACUAUCUGAUCAAUUGUAUAACGCACCUGAUCAACACAAGUUUGUGAGACGACAAGUUGUCAAUCAGCUCAAAUCUAAUCCAGAGAUUUAUGAUGCAUAUGUUCCGAUGGAAUAUGAUGACUAUUUGAACAAGAUGUCCAAGAGUGGAGAAUGGGGUGAUCAUGUCACUCUCCAAGCUGCUGCAGAUUCGUAUGGUGUGAGAAUAUUUGUGAUGACUUCUUUCAAGGACACCUGUUGCAUAGAGAUACUUCCUCAUUUUGAGAAGCCAAAAGGAGUGAUUUUCUUGAGUUUUUGGGCAGAGGUGCAUUACAACUCCAUUUAUCCCCAAGGAGAUAUAGCUUCGAGUGAGUCUAGAAAGAAGAAAAGGUGGUGGAGCUUUGGCAGCAAGCAUUAGAGUCUUAGCUGGCCUAGUGGGCACACACCCAUUUUGAACCUCUACAAUUUUCCUUCUUCAGGAUUCAGGAAUUAAUGAAUUUAUAUUAUAUCCCCAUAUUUUAGCUGGUCAUUUUUUUUAUAGUUAAUUUCAUUCACCCCUUUUUAUUAAUUACAGUCAUAAAUCUGGGUCUCCCACACACACUUGCAUCCCAGUGACAUUUCGGAUGCCUUGUGGAACAAACCAAAUUUUAUUUUAUACACAAUAAAGGAUUAAACAUUAAAGUAGGUAAGAUGCAUGGUUGCUUUA